AUGGAUCCUAGAAACCCUUAUCGUUUUUGGGAUCAAAAUUUUGUUGAUCUUUUGAAUUCUCAAAAAGACUCCAACUGUUCUGAUAAUCCUAUUCCUCCUAUUUCCACCCUAUCCUCUCAACCUAUUCAGUUUACUAAUAAAUUCUCUUCUCAGCCUUUAAACUUUAGCCCUGGGUUCUCUUCUCAGCCUCUUAAAAUAACCCCUACAUCUGAAUCUGAAGAUUGUACCGAGGUUACAGCAGAUGAGAUUGAUGAAGACGGAGGCAGAGGAAGUAGGAAACGGUGGAGUGCAGAGGAGGAUGUUCAUCUCAUAAGAGCUUGGUUAAACACAAACAAUGAUCCAGUGGUGAGCAACGGCCAGCGGUUACAAAGUUUCUGGAAGAGGGUUGCAGACUAUUACAAAGCUCAUGAUGGAGAUGCUACUUCAAACGCAAGAGGGCCUUCACAAUCGAGUACAAGAAGGAAGAGUGGACAAUCAGAAGAUGAUGUUGUGAGCAUGGCGUAUGAGUUUUACAAGAAUGACAUGAAGAAGUCGUUUAUGCUUGGACAUUGUUGGAGAGAACUGAAGAAUGAUCAGAAAUGGAUCACAGAACGACAUGAAGAAUGUAGCAAUAAACGUACUAAGCUUGCUUCUGAAGGAGAUUUCUCAGCUCCUUCGAGCAAUGGUGGAGACGAGAUGAGGCCUCCGGGGAUAAUAGCAAUGAAGGAUCAAGAACAGGCGGCUAAAGAGAGGCACGACAAAAUGAAAUUGCUAGACAGCCUGCUUAACAAGGGUGAACUAACACCUGCUGAAGUCCUACUUAAAGACAAACUGGUUGAUCAAAUGUUGACAAACAUUUAG